CCCAGCAUCUCUAGUUUGACCUCUGACUCCUGACCUCUGACCCCACCUGCCCUACCCUGCCCUGCCUAAGGGGUUGGGAAGCCCCCAGAAGCCCAGCUGUGAUUGCGGGAGUUGACGCCUCGCUCGCUUCAAGCCCUCCUCAAGCACGGGCUGUGCAGGGGCUCAGGGCUCAGCCCCACCCUGGCCUACCAUGGCGCGUCGGCUCCAGGAUGAGAUGGCCACCUUCUUCUUCGAGUAUGACACUCCCCGAAUGGUACUCGUGCGCAACAAGAAGGUGGGCGUCAUCUUCCGGCUGAUCCAGCUCGUGGUUCUGGUCUACGUCGUCGGGUGGGUGUUUCUCUACGAGAAGGGCUACCAGACCUCCAGCGGCCUCAUCAGUAGCGUGUCUGUGAAACUCAAGGGCCUGGCCGAGACGCAGCUCCCAGGGCUGGGCCCCCAGGUCUGGGAUGUAGCUGACUACGUCUUCCCAGCCCAGGGGGACAGCUCCUUUGUGGUCAUGACCAAUUUCAUCGCGACUCCCCAGCAGUCUCAAGGCUACUGUGCAGAGCACCCAGAAGGCGGCAUAUGCACAGGUGACAGCAGCUGCAUCCCUGGGAAGGCCGAAAGGAAGGCCCAAGGCAUCCGCACCGGGAAGUGUGUGGCCUUCAACGACACUGUGCACACCUGUGAGAUCUUCGGCUGGUGUCCCGUGGAGGUGGACGACAACACUCCACGCCCCGCCCUUCUCCGGGAGGCCGAGAACUUCACUCUCUUCAUCAAGAACAGCAUCAGCUUUCCUCGCUUCAAGGUCAACAGGCGCAACCUGGUGGAGGAAGUGGAUGCCGCCUACUUGAAAACCUGCCUCUAUCACAAGACCACCCACCCACUAUGCCCUGUCUUCAAGCUCAGCUACAUAGUGCAAGAGUCUGGCCAGAAUUUCAACUCCCUGGCGGAGAAGGGCGGGGUGGUCGGCAUCACCAUCGAUUGGAACUGUGACCUGGACUGGCAUGUGCGACACUGCAAGCCCAUCUAUGAGUUCCAUGGGCUGUAUGAGGAGAACAAUCUGUCUCGAGGCUUCAACUUCAGGUUUGCCAGGUACUUCACGGAGAAUGGCACCAACCGCCGUCACCUCUUCAAGGUGUUUGGGAUUCGCUUUGACAUCCUGGUGGACGGCAAGGCCGGAAAGUUUGACAUCAUCCCCACAAUGACCACCAUCGGUUCUGGCAUUGGCAUCUUUGGGGUGGCAACAGUUCUCUGUGACCUGUUGCUGCUCCACAUCCUGCCCAAGAGGCAUUACUACAAGCAGAAGAAGUUCAAGUAUGCAGAGGACAUGGGGCCACGGGAGGGUGAGCAUGACCUUGCAGCCACCAGCUCCACCAUGGACCUGCAGGAGAACAUGAAGACUUCCUGACCCUCGGCCCCUGACUCCUGACUAGACGUAGCAUGAAGCCUCAGGACAAAGCUCUGGUGGCAUCUCCCCAGGAGUCUCAGCCAGACAGACACCAGGUUGGACCCGGGGAGCUCAGAGUGGACCUGGGGAGAGACCUGUGUGAUUCUGGGCUCUGGCUCCAACUCUGCACACUUCCAAGGCAGCCCUACUCUAGCCUCAGCCACUCCUGGGGGUAGGGCUGGGGCUGGGCAAGUACACCUAGCUUUGCACUUCUCUCCCUGGGCCCUCAGUAUCCAUCCCCCUGCCUCAGCCUCUAGAUCUGUGCUCUCCAAUGUGGCAGCUACUAGUCACAAAUACUAUUUAUAUUUAAAUUAAAACGGAAUAAAAUGAAGAUUUCUAGUGGCUGCCAUAUUGGGCUACAGAACGUUCUCAUCAUCACAGAAAGUUCUACUGGGAAGCUCUGCUUGAGCCCUGUUUCUCAUUGGCCUUAGAUUUACCUGAGGAGCUAAGCCACAGAGCAGGUGCCUGGGCCUCUCCAGACCUCCUGAAGCAGAAUCUUGAGUGGUGGGCCGCAGGAUCUGCAUGGUUAGCUAACUCCCCAGGCCAUUUUGAAACUUAAGUUUAAGAACCGCUGCCCUAGAACUUUCUGACUCUAAGCCCUUGAUCAGGUGUCAGACUUAGGCCCGGGACUGUAUCACCUGGCAGGUAGGGGCAUGGAGCAGGGUCUGAGACACUCUUAGCAUCUGUGUGGUUUGCACACAUGCUGCACAGUGUCGUGUGUACACACUCCCAUGUUCACACCCACCCACAGGCACACACCCCUCCCGCCACACUGUGUAUUUGAGCAGCUUGGCUCCUACAAACACACCUACACCCCCAACACAGGCCCAUGGUCCAUGCCAUGUCACCUCCGUGGGGAAGUGCUCCUCCCACAUGUAUCAGGCCAGGACAGCCUCUUCAAGCCAAGAAUCCUUACUCAGCUACCUCGGGUCAGAGUGGGAGCCUUGGCCAGAUCCUAGGCUCUCUGCCUACAUGGCCCAGCCCCAGCUCCCAAGGCCUGCUGGCCUCUGUCU